AUGACAGGCGAUUUAACGCGGUUUUUCGCGGCGGCCACGGCGGCGAUUCCGGCUGUUGCGUUACUGCUGCUGCUCUCCUACGUACGUACAGUGUGUUACCUGCCGCGGGUGCAUCAAACCGAGAUCAAUCUCGUCUCCCACAAUCACCGCAGGCUACUUCAAGUCGACGAAGGUACAACUUCAUCGGGCUCUACGCAGCGGGUGGGCGACCAGUGCAGCAUGGACGACAUUGUGGUGUACCAGGGUGCGACUGGGCCGCUGCCGAGCGGGAUUCCGACGUACACAGUGUCGGUGCUGAACCUUUGCUCCGUCUCCGGAGGCUGUUCUUUAGGCAACAUUCACCUGAGAUGCGCAGCCUUCAGCUCUGCCCGCCUCAUCAACCCGCGCAUCUUCCGCCGCCUCAGCAUCAAUGACUGCCUCCUCAACGACGGCCGCCCGUUGGCCCCCGGCUCAGUAGUUUCCUUCCAGUACGCCAACUCCUUUUCUUAUAGGCUCGUCAUUUCUAAUGCCACGUGCGCUAAGGAGCAAUCCUGA